AUGUUAUUUGAGCGGGGGCCGCGGGCCUCGGCGAUCGCAGAGCAGAGGAUGCAGAAAGCCGCCUACUACGAAAACGCGGGGCUCUUCGGGGGCUACACCUACAGCAAGGCCGACGCCUAUCCCUACGGCGCGGCCCACCAGCCGUACGGGCAGACCGGCCUGGACGGCGAGUACCCCGGCUCCGCCUGCUCCGUCCAGGGCUCGGCGCCGGGCCGCGCUCCGGCCCACAAGGGCAGCGAGCUGAGCGGGAGCUGCAUGCGGCCGGGCGGGGGCGGCCCCGGGGGCAGUCAGCCCCCGGGGAUCGGCGAGCAUCAGCCCCCGGCCCUGCCGCCCUCCUCCCCGCCCAACCCUCCUCCCAGUGUGCCCCCUCCGAAAAAAGCCAAGGGGGGCCCCAACUCCUCGGGCUCGGCCAGCGCCACCCUCAGCAAGCAGAUAUUUCCUUGGAUGAAGGAGUCCCGGCAGAACUCCAAGCAGAAAAGCACCUGCGCACCCCCAGGAGAGAGCUGCGAGGACAAGAGCCCCCCCGGGCCGGCCUCCAAGAGGGUGCGAACAGCCUACACCAGCGCGCAGCUGGUGGAGCUGGAGAAGGAGUUCCACUUCAACCGCUACCUGUGCCGGCCGCGCCGCGUGGAGAUGGCCAACCUCCUCAACCUGACCGAGCGGCAGAUCAAGAUCUGGUUCCAGAACCGCCGGAUGAAGUACAAAAAGGACCAAAAAGCCAAAGGCAUCAUGCACUCCCCCGUCGGACAGUCCCCGGACCGCAGCCCCCCUCUAAGCGGCCCAAACCACGUCGGCUACUCCAGCCAGCUCCCCGGCGUCAACAGCCUCAGCUACGACGCGCCCUCGCCCACCUCCUUCGCCAAGUCCCAGCAGAGCAUGUACGGGCUGGCCGCCUACACGGCGCCGCUGAGCAGCUGCCUGCCGCAGCAGAAGCGCUACGCGGGCGCGGAGUACGACCCCCAUCCCAUGCAGAGCGGCGGCGGCGGCUUCGCCAACCCCAGCCUGCAGGGCAGCCCCGUCUACGUGGGGGGCAACUUCGUGGACUCCAUGCCGGCCUCAGGUCCCAUGUUCAACCUGGGGCACCUGCAGCACCCCUCCUCCGCCAGCGUGGACUACAGCUGCGCCGCCCAGAUCCCCGGCGGCCACCACCACGGACCUUGCGACCCCCACCCUACCUACACGGACCUUUCCUCUCACCACACCUCUCAGGGACGGAUGCAGGAGGCGCCCAAGCUCACGCAUCUGUAG